AUGCCUGAUACCCUUUGCGCUCACUCGUAUGGGAAAUGCUCCUGCAGAGUAGCGACCCCACCCCUUGUCUACCACUGCACGGAGGCGAUGAAGUCCGCGAUGAAUAGAUACUUCGCCGAGAACUGGGGAAAACUUCACGAUCUCCUUGGGGACGGAAGAAAGGGUCCUCUUCCCACCUUAUUCGACGAAUUGGGCUUCCUUUCCGACUUCCCCAAGAAGUUCACCGGAAAGUCUGGGUCUGAGGAGCCGAACUGGACCUUUGCCUCUCAUUACCCCGGCGAGCAGCGCAUGUACUGGAUCAAUGGCUCAUUGUGGCACAAGGUAAAUAAGGCUGUCGUGGGAGCAUGGGAGUGCGCCGAAGCAGCCAUCAGCGCGUUGCAGGUCAUCUCCUACAUGGUGGAGGCAGGCUUUCAGCCUAGUUCUAGCGAAUCCUCGGCCCCGGUCCCACCCCCGCAUCCUAUGUUCACGCCGCCCCCGACCCGGGAUCAAAAACUGGCGAAGGAGAAGAAGGAGUUUAACAAAAGCAUCUUAUUCAAGACCAGCAGGGUUUAUGCCCUUGUCAGCGAGAUGCAUCGCUUCCUGGCUCUGAUUCCGGCCAUCAUGAAAGAAGAUGAUGGGCUGGAGGCUAGGAAGGUCAAGGCUUUUGGAUCUAGCGAGAAAGCGUGGCAGGAUCAUUGUGCCAGGAAUGAGUUCUAUAGACGGGAAUUCCCGGUUCGUCCUUUCGUCAACAGGGAGCCAGAGUUUCAGCAGACGUGGGAAAAGCAGCUGGCGGAUAGAGGACAUGGAACGGCCACUGACGCACCCGAUGGUGAUUCCUCGGAUGAUGAGGAUGGUGGUGCGCCCUUUACCAUUCGGCUGGACGAAAAGGUUUAA